AUGCAGCCUGUUUCUCGCCCUGCUUCAACUUCAACUCGACCAGCGAUAUCGCCAACUAGUCGCCCCCACCAGGUGAACACACAGACAAAAGUAUUUGACACCAGCCAUGGCCGACUCCUAUGCAUUGCCGAUAUUCGUGGUCGCCUUUCUGCGCUAAAUGAUCUCGCUCGAGAGGCUAAUGCGUCUGCAAUCAUUCAUACCGGAGAUUUUGGUUUCUUUGAGGCACACAGCCUUGAAAGAAUCAAUGAGAGGACUCUCCGCCACCUCACGAUGUACUCGCCGCUCAUUCCGACGGCGCAGCGGAACCAUCUACUAUCGAACGACAAUCCGCCGUCGGUGAUUCGCUCGACGGUGACCAUCUCGCUGCUAUCUGAGUUCCCCCUACUGCUGUCGGGCCAGAUCAAGCUGCAGGUGCCGGUGUUUACAGUAUGGGGUGCGUGCGAGGAUGUCAACGUGCUGGAGAAAUUCCGGCUGGGCACGUACGAGAUCGAGAACCUGCACGUCAUCGACGAGGCGACGACGCGGUGCAUAGACAUCGGCGGGGUGAAGCUGCGGCUGCUCGGGCUGGGCGGGGCCCUGGUGCCUCACAAGAUGUUCGACAACGGGGACGGGAAAGCGACGAUCGCGGGCGGGCAGGGCACGAUGUGGACGACGGCGCUACAGAUAGGGGAGUUGGUGGACACGGCGCAGCGAGUGUUCGACCCGACGGAGACGCGGCUGCUGGUGACGCACGCGAGCCCAGGGCGGGAGGGGAUUAUAAAUCAGCUCGGACUCGUGCUCAAGGCGGACCUGACGAUCUCCGCGGGGCUGCACUUCCGGUACGCGUCCUCGUACAACGAGUUUAGCGUGCAGGGCGACUUUGACGGUCUGCGGCACAAGUUGCUGAUCGGCAAGGAGGGCUUCGACAAAGUGUGGGAGACCGUGAAGAGUCAGGUGGACGCGGUUAUUGACGAGCCCCAGAGGGUGCUCCUCGACAAGGCGUUCUCCGUCGUUGAACGCAUACCGCCGCAAUCACACGCGACGCAGCCCGGGCCCGGACAGUUCCCUGGCGAAGAGCCCGCUUGGAAAAACUGCUGGAAUUGGAACUUGUGUGACGCCGCGUACGGCUCGCUCGUACUCGAUAUCAAAGACGGGCGGGUCAGCGCCGAAUUGAAGAGCCAAGGUUUCAACUAUGCAUAUCGCCGCACUGCGACGCCGUCUACUGCCACUGCAGGUACCCCAAGCACGGCUGCAUCUGCGCUCCCUGCCUCUGCCGGUGGUGGGCCUUCUUCGAGAGCAACUGGUACACCAAUUGCGUCCGAAAAGCCCCUUCCUCCUCAUUUCGCCACCAAGUCAACGACCUCUACCCCGCCGCCGCCACAGUCGCAAAGUGUCUCUGGGCGCGAGACCCCCAGGGAUCCCAGGCUCAAUGGUGCACCGAACAGCACAGCAGGUCUAGACAAGGCAGAAAAAGAGCGCUUGAAGCGGGAGAGAAAGAAGGAGCGGAAGCAGCAGGAACGUGUUGAACGCGAGGCUGCAGCCGCUAAGGAGAAGGAAGGGCCGGGUGAUACAGCGCCCUCCGGCCCUAGUGCCAGCAGCCCCACAUCCCCCGCCGCAGCGGAGAAAAGUGAGGUGGACGUUCCCCUACAACCCAAGUCCGGUAAGGCUACGCCGGAAGUACCAUCUGGAUCUGCACCGCCGCGGGAGGACGGGGUGACGUCUCCUGCGACGGAGAGUACGGGCGGCAGAACGCCCACGAGUAGAAGGCCGGCUAGGAAUCCAUGGACGAUCUUCAUGAGGAUGACAGUGCCUGCAGGUGAGCAAGAGGUGAGGGAAUUCUUCGGGGAGGCCAAGGUUGGGAUUACGCGCGUCAAUUACCCGCAGAACUUCCCUGGACGCGCGCAAAAGAUGGUAUAUGUGGAGUUCGGAGAUGAGGACGCUAUGAAGGCUGGCUUGGAGAAGCAGGGAGAAAAGUUGAAUGAUGCUAUACCGGAGCUGAAACAAGCGACGGAUAAGGAGUCGCGCAACGCGGAGAAUGGGGGUCCUCUGAGAGGCUUUGGUGGGCGUGGGCGAGGCGGCCGGGGCGCGUUUGCCGCAAGAGGAUUCGCUGCUGCAGGAUUGACGAGAGGCACCCCUGCCGAGAGAGGACGACCAAGCGGUGAAGAUGGUCCCAAGCCAUCGGAGGGCUCGUGA